AUGGCCCGUUCUAUUUUCUUCCUAUGUGGACUGUUGUCGUUGGCCUCCGGAGAACCGGGUUGGCCGUAUGAAACUUUUCAGACCGGAAAUUGGCAACCUCCUCAUCUGACCCUCCAAAAGAUCGGUGAAACAUAUCCAGGGCACAUCUUUAUAGGCGUUCGAAAGUACAACAAAGCCGGCACUGCGCCAACAAUCUUCGACAAUAAUGGUGACAUGGUGUGGCAAGGCCCACAAGGGGAGAACCUGGACUUUAAGGUGCAAACCCUUUUCAGCCAGGAUGUGAUCACCUACUGGGAUGGACAGCCAGGUGAUAUGGUGUUAGGCUAUGGAGCAGCGCAUAUCCUCGACAACACAUACAAAGAGAUCUACACAGUCACCCUGUACGACGACUUCCAGACGGCUAACGGCUCAACAUUUGACUCCUACAUCGACGGCCACGAACAUUACAUUACACCCAAUAAUACCAUGCUCGUCUCAGCUGUCAAUUUCACUCAGACAAACACUAGCCAUCUUAGAAAUGGCAAGCCCAACAUGUGGAUUAUUGACUCUCUGUUCUAUGAAAUCGACAUCAAAACAAACAAUGUCUUGUUCAAAUGGGAUGCACUGGAGCACAUUCCGAUUUCCAAGUCCAGGAUUAGUAUAAAGGGCGGAAGAAAGCCGACUGAGGCCUGGGACGCUUACCACAUAAACUCGGUUACUACUACCAAAUAUGGAUAUCUGGUCAACUUUCGGCACCUCGACUCUGUUUUCUAUAUUAACAAAGAUGGCUCCAUCAGGUGGGAGCUUUCUGGUGGCAAUGAUGGCAGCGGCGACUUCAAGAGUAACAAUGUUUACUUCGCAUGGCAACAUGACGUCCGCGUCCACAACGAAACCGAUGAAAGCCUAGUACUCAGUCUAAUGAACAACGAUGCAUUAGAGAAUCGGGACACUGGCCCGUCAACAGGGCUGGUCGUCCACGCCGACCUCGUCAACAAGAAGGCAUGGAGAACCUACGAGCUGGCAGAUCCUGCUGACAGUGUCGUUAGCGCAACUCAAGGCAGCUUCCACUUCCUACCAUACUCAGGAAUAGAGCACAUGUUACUAGGCUACGGAUCGAUACCCAAACUCAAGGAAUACGAUGGAGACGGCAACGUAGUUCUUAGAGGACAAUUUGGCAACAACGCAUAUGCGGCGAAUGCCUACCGGAUAUCUAAAUCGCCAUGGAAAGCUACUCCGUACUGGGAUCCUGUUAUAUUCAUCAAUCAUACAACCGAAUAUAAGACCGAUAUUUACAUGAGUUGGAACGGUGCCACGGACUACGACAACUGGGCCAUUUUCUCAGUCCCACCGGAUACUUCAACGUUGCAGGAAGGCCAACGUCUGCUGGUUCCUGAGCGAAACGACUUUGAGACUUCUUGCGAAUGUCUGCUAGUCCAUGAGCGAAACGGCUUCGAGACUCACGUCACUCUUGAGUAUGUUGAUGCCAAGUUUAUCAUUGCUGUUGCGAGAAACGGCGAGAAAAUCAUAGGCAUGUCCUCCGUUGUGGAAUUUGCAUGA